UGUCCUGAACGAGCUUAAUGUUUUGAAAUAAAGAUUGCUGAAAUGCUUACAAAGCAUUCACACAAGUAAUAAUAAAGGUAAAGUAUUCUGCUAAAGUUUCAAAUGUGACCAUGCUUCAACUGUUCUAACAGCUUUUUUGUUAGUGCAGGAUUCAAUACCAUUUAUAAACAAUCAUUUAAUGUCUGUUUUAGCAAUUUUUACCCAGUCAUUGGAAGGCCACGCCUCCUACAACCUGCGCCAAUCAGAAGCGCGGAAUUGUUGCCCACCGGGACUGUAAGCCACGCCUCCUCCUCGCUGCUUCCUGUCUGAGUGAGCCGACAACAGCGCUCUGUCUGCGGGGAAUCUUCGGCAUGGACACUGGCUGCUCACCUCAACUUUUCCGCUCUCUAACGGCUUCAUUCAGGCGACAUUUACCCCCCGGGAAUGGAUUUUUGAGCGGAAUAAAGCAGAACUGAGCGCCGCUCGACUUGAAGGAACACCUCAAAGCAAAAGGCUCGUGUUGUAGAAAUCCUUCGCGGAGGAAAGGAAAAAUGCCAGUCGCAACUCUUCUGCCUUUCACCUCUACCCCUAAUAGGAAGUCUGUCAGCGCCACUUCUUUCAGGUUGACGGAGAAAUUUAUUUUACUGCUGGUGUUCAGCGCCUUUAUCACCCUGUGUUUCGGGGCUAUUUUCUUCCUGCCGGACUCCUCCAAGCUGCUGAGCGGAGUUUUCUUUCAUUCCUCCGCGGUGGAGACGAACACGCGCACCGGUCCGGACGGCAGCGAGCCGGGCUCGGCCGGGAACGACGGGCGGGUGUUGGAUAAAAUCCGAAAAGACCACGACAAGGCUCUGCUGGAGGCCAAGGACGUCCUGCAGAAGCGGCCAGAGGUCCUCAUAAAAGAAAUUCUCUCUGACAAGGACAAAGUUCCCAACGCUUUGGACCCAAAUGGGAAGAAGGGCAACGAUUUACCUUCCGUUGAGUAUCACCGCCCCCCCGGGGCGAUAGGAAGCGAACCCCGGGACCCAGAGACCAGGGAGAGACGGGCCAAAGUCAAGGAGAUGAUGAAGCACGCGUGGGACAGCUACAGGCGCUACUCCUGGGGUUCAAAUGAGCUCAGACCCGUCUCCAAGCAAGGCCACUCCAGCAAUCUAUUUGGAAGCAUUAAAGGAGCCACGAUAGUGGACGCUCUGGACACGCUCUUCAUCAUGGAGAUGCCCGAGGAGUUCAACGCCGCCACGGAAUGGGUGGAGAAGAACCUGGACUUCAACAUGAAUGCAGAAGUGUCAGUGUUUGAGGUGAACAUCCGCUUCGUCGGAGGUCUGCUGUCUGCAUACUACCUGUCAGGAAAGGAGGUGUUUCGCAGAAAGGCGGUGGAGUUGGGAGAGAAGCUGCUCCCAGCUUUCAGAACAUCCACCGGCAUCCCCUGGGCUCUGCUCAACCUCAAGAGUGGGGUUGGUAGAAACUGGCCGUGGGCGUCAGGCGGCAGCAGCAUCCUGGCAGAAUACGGCACGCUUCAUCUGGAGUUCAUGCACCUCAGCAAGCUCUCUGGAAACCCGGAGUUUGCUCAGAAGGUGAUGAACAUCAGGAAAGUGCUCAACAGGCUGGACAAACCUCAGGGACUCUACCCUAACUACCUAAAUCCCAACAGCGGCCAAUGGGGUCAACAUCACGUGUCUGUUGGUGGCCUGGGAGACAGUUUCUAUGAGUACCUGCUCAAGGCCUGGCUGAUGUCUGAUAAGACCGACGAGGAGGGGAAGAAGAUGUACUACGAUUCCCUGCAGGCCAUAGAAUCCAGCCUGGUCCGGAAGUCCAGCGGGGGGCUGACCUACAUAGCCGAGUGGAAGGGGGGGCUGCUGGAGCACAAGAUGGGCCACCUGACGUGUUUCGCUGGCGGCAUGAUCGCUUUGGGAGCCGACGGCGCGCCUGGAGACAAGACGGGCCACCAGAUGGAGCUGGCAGCAGAGAUCGCCCGCACCUGUCACGAAUCGUACGCCAGGACAGCCUUGAAGCUCGGUCCAGAGGCGUUCCGUUUCGACGGCGGGGUGGAGGCCAUCGCCACCCGCCAGAACGAGAAGUAUUUCAUCCUGCGGCCGGAGGUCAUCGAGACCUACAUGUACAUGUGGAGGUUCACCCACGACCCCAAAUACAGGGAGUGGGGCUGGGAGGCAGUGCAGGCCUUGGAGCGGCAUUGUAAAGUGGAAGGAGGCUACAGCGGCGUCAGAGACGUCUACUCCUCAAACCCGAGCCUCGACGAUGUGCAGCAGAGCUUCUUCUUGGCCGAGACGCUCAAGUAUCUGUACCUGCUCUUCUCGGAAGACGACCACCUACCGUUUGACCACUGGGUCUUCAACACGGAGGCCCACCCUCUGCCCGUCAUCAGGAAGGAGCCGGCGGACCGGCCCAACGAGGUGGAGUAGGGGGCCCGCCCACAGACCUGCCAUCCUGUCAACCUGAGCCUGGAGGAGCGGCGGCCGGCGCCGUCAGCUUUAGGAUCGAACGGGAGCCGAGCUCCUCCUCUGAUUUCCAAAACGCUCUCCGGGGAGCGAUGAUCUGCUCCUGACGACGAUCUCCUCGGUGGAUGAGACCUCCAAACCGAUUGAGGCUCCUGGAAUGACUCGGCACGACCGGGGCCUCCUCUUCACCGCUCUCCCGUCCUCCUCCUCGCCGUUUACGCAGAGCUUCCCUCCUCCUCUCCUGCUGGGUGUCCCCCCCCCCUCUCAGCUCACCUCCUCCGCCCAGCAGGACCUUCUCUCCUCUGUGAGGACCCCCCCGCUCCCCCCACCUUCAUUCAAAGCCAUACCGAUGCGCCGCAGCUUUCGCUCGUUUCCCGCCUCGCCGUCAUCUCCACACUCGGGUCUUCAGUCCGGUGCCUUCACUGUCGAUGGAGGAGCAGCUCACCAAAAACCCAAAGAAGCAGCUCUCAGAAAAGUCCUGCAGCUCCGGAGCAGCUGUGGAUUCCACGAUUCAAGCUCCAUCGUUCAAUUCCAGAGGAGCUUCAGUCUGGAAGGAAGUGGAGGGUUGGUAAAACUCCCUCUACUGCACUGACAUCUAGUGGUGAGGAAGUCACAUUACAGAUUCCAGAAAAAUAACCAUCUAAGCUCUGAAGCUUUUUCUAAAAUCUCAGAAAAGAGAAACAAGUUUAUAAACAUAGAAUCCGAAUCCCUUUUUACCUCCUUCUUUCUGUCACCUGGACGGCAUUCCUGCAGCGCCUGACGAUGGAUGUAAAUCACUUGUUCUGAUUAAUUUAUUUUGUGCUCAUCAAGCCGACCUCUAGGGGGAGCCGUGGAGGAAAUUCUUUCAGCUUUAUUUUAAGAAGGGUGAAUGUACCAUCAAAUGUGAAGAAAAGAGCUUUUUCUGUUUGUUUUUCGUGCUUUUAUUGUUUAACGCUGUUUUAUCGAACUCUGAAAGCACAAAAAAGUGAAGAGGAGGAGCGGCGCAGGGAUGAAGACUCGCUGACCAAAGUCUGCAGACGUCAUCAAACCCAUCGGAAAAUCGUCUUUUCAGGCAAAACCGUUUGUUAGAAAUGAACUUUUUUAAUUUAAUGAAGACGUUUGAGCAUAUUUUUGUGGGAUUUAGACAAAUUUAUGGAAAUAAAUGUGGAAAAGUUGAGUUAUUUCAAGCAUAGAAACAGUUUGUUUUUUAAGAAGUGAAGAAUGAAAACUUUAACUUUGAUUUAUUUCAGUUUCUCAAAGUUCUGGUUCUUGCUUUGAUGAUUUCUGGAUCUAUGAUGUUUUUGUGGAGAUGUCUUCAUUUUAACAAAAAAAAAAUCUUAUUCUGACAGAAAACAAAUUGAUUUUAACUUGUCAAAACAAAAACUAAAAAAUGGCCAAAUCUGAAGGAGGUUUGACAUCAAAGAUGCCGACAGGAAAUUAAUUUAAAAAAAAAA